GCUGUAUCUUUCCGCAACCCGAAGCUACCGUUCCAUGUGUUGAACAAAAGUCUAAAAUUUACUUCUGCCACUGUAACUUACAGUGGGAUCCAUAACGGUCGACUGCGUCCCAAAAUCCGAAGUUCCCCGAACACGUUUGGUGCAGAUACAAUGGAAGCUUUUUUUGUGUUUGCGGAUUCUGUCGUCAGGCGGGCCAAUAGGCUCUUGGAUACUGCAGAUAGGGAUCAAGACGGCAUUGAAGGAGCACUGGCGCAGAUUGAAUAUUUAACUGGUUACACACGGGAUAUAUGCGAAAACUUACCUAACGAAGUGACGGGAGAUGCUCAGCAGUUGUUCGACGUUUUGCGAAACUGUUCAGAGGGCUUGCAUCAGCUACUGCGGGAAGACGAAAAUGGGUCGGAUUAUUUCUAUGAAAUGAAAGGCGGCACUAAUAAAUACGGAAAAAUUUGUAUUCCGGAUAACGAACUCUGUGAAAUGCGAUGCGAAGGCUUCACAGUUAGGGAAAUUGCUGGGUUCUUUGGAGUUACGACACGUACGAUCGAGCGCAGGCUGGCUGAAUACAAUUUAAAUCACAAGUACAGCGAUAUAUCCGACGAUGACUUGGACAUUGCCGUGCAGGAAAUACUCAGUUCGUUUGUGAAUGUUGGAUAUCGUUUCGUAUGUGGUCAGUUAAAGAGUGCUGGAUUGUAUGUCCAGCGAGCUAGGAUUCUUUCAUCUCUGCGACGCUUGGACCCUUAUGGUGUUGCUAAUCGGUUUUUCAACUUGGUCACUCGUCGUAAAUAUUCCAACCCUGGUCCGAACGCGUUGUGGCACAUGGAUGGUAAUCACAAACUGGUGCGGUGGGGAUUUGUUAUUCAUGGAAUUAUCGACGGAUUCUCCAGGCUGAUCAUUUCACUUGUGGUUGCCACGAAUAACCGUGCUAGCACAGUACAAGAAGCCUUUUUGAACGGAGCGGGGGCGUGUGGAGUCCCAUCUCGAGUGAGAAGCGACUGCGGAGGUGAAAAUUUUGGAGUUGCAAGAUGGAUGGAGCAUUACAUGGGGCCUGAUCGAGGCAGUAUUAUUAUGGGUCCGUCCGUCCAUAAUCAAAGAAUUGAGAGACUCUGGAGAGAUUUGGGACGUGUGGUUAUAAAACUUUUCCGGUCGGUUUUCAUACACAUGGAGAAUACAGGCAUUCUGGAUGUUUCCUGUGCGCGCGACAUGAUGAUACUGCAUCUUGUGUACCAGCAAAGAAUUCAAGAAAAACUUGGCCAGUUUAUCGAAUUUUUCAAUAACCAUAAAAUGCGAACCGAGCACGAAAAGACGCCUAGGCAGCUACUUAUAUUAGGAUGUCGCGAGAAGGGACUGCACGGAUUUUCACUGGAUCAGGUUCUUUCAGCAGACAAUGUUUUGCCUGAAGCAGAUGUUGAUGUUGCGGAAAAUUUUCCGGAGUAUAUCAGAAAUCAUGCCUCGCACUCAAGAGAUUCAGUACCGGUAUUCGACAUCAUCAGCAGUUUUCCGACUGAGGCGCAGCUGAUUUUGGAUAGUAUAGACGUUAUGGCCGAUGAUGGCAUCUAUGGAAUUGACGUAUUUCAGGCUGCAAAAGAUUUAGUGCGGUUUAGUUUUGGUUAAAGGUACGAAUUCUUAAAAAUCUAUUUUUGAAAUUCGGUACUGACACGCGUGCUUUUUAGAGAUUUUAUUUUUGUAUUUAUUGAAUAUAUUUCUCGUUAAUUUACAGCAAAAAACGGAAACUCACAGAGAUUUCCCGAUGGUGCCUUUGUCUGAAUUCUAAUCAUUAUUCAUAUUAGAGUCAGGAGUGUUAACGUGUUGUCAAGAGUCAAGAGUGUUAACGUGGCUUUUGUGCAUUCCGAUCUGGGCGUCGGUGGUUCGGCGUUUCGUGGUGGACGCUGCUGUGGCACUGUAGAGCGAAAGCAAUUCCAUCCGCUUCCUCAGUGUUGACCAUGAACCCUCUCAAUGUUUUCCGGAAACCCGCGACGGCACUCCGAAAAUCUGUUUCGUGUGUGCCUGGCUACCGCGGUCUUUAGGCGGACGACUGAACGCGCUUUUCGCCUAUCUGCGCUGGCUGCGUAUGGUCGUCUCAUCGGCUGCAGUGGUUGGCAGUAUGAUGUCAUGUUCUGUGGUCAGGUGUGAACCUGCUUUUCCGUGCUGAAGUGGAGCGAAAAGCCGGUAAUCUUCUACUGCCACUUCCCUGAUAUGCUCCUGACGCAGCGGGCUUUGUGGUUAAAGCGACUGUAUCGGGCUCUCAUCGACUGGCUGGAAGAGUGGACGACGGGAAAAGCCUCGAUGGGAAGGCGGGAGUAUCCAGGUUCACAGUAAAUUCACAGAGUGAAGAGGCUGUGGUGCCGAUUUUGCGGCACAACAUCCGACUGUCCGAUAACAAGGAAGGCGUGAUUGUCCCUAGCCCACCCAGCCGUCCACGUGCCUCUUGUCGCUCCUUGCGACGAAGUCGCUCUGCCGGAUAUUCUCAUUGCCCUGGAAGUCCUGGCGGAGCAUACGCGGCGUGAGGAUAAACCACAGGCCAGUUUUUUUUCCCGCGCCCAUAUUCUUUACGAAGGCACACUGACACACCUGGACGACAGCACGCGCACGGUGUCCCUCUAUAAUGGUAACCCGGAAAACGCUUUUAUCCAUUCGGGGAUCAGUUGGCGCCUACUGUGUUGGUAUACUUUGCAGUAGUGCGCUAUCUUGGUGCUGAUUUGCUUGAACUUUCGGUUUUGAGCUUUUUCUGUCGGCUUUGAAUUUCUGAUAAUUAUGAUGCAGCUCUGGAAAGUCACUGAAAGUGAACGAAAAAAAAAAUUAACCAUAAAAAAUAUAACUGGUGUUCUCUUAAGUCGAACUCAACAUUGUUUUCGUUUUUCAUACUCCUGACCAGUCCAUAAUGUUGGGAAAACUGAUUUGUAACGAAAUACCGCACAACGACAAUUGCUGCGAUAAUUUUAUUGUUACCAAAUAGCGGCAAACUUAGUUAAACAGUCCAAAAACCGAAAAAGUUUCAUCAGUUCGUCCGCACAUUUCACAUGGUGCCAUAACUUAUCCAAAAAGGAAAAGGUAAGAAGUAUCAACAUUCCAGAAAAAGCCCCACAAUCGAAUUCGAAGCAAAUUACCUCCAAAAAAGCAGCACUAAACCAAACCUGUCAGCUUUUCGCCCAGUAAGCGAAAGUGCCGAAAAUCGAAACAAAACAGGGGUGCGCAAAAAGCAUACACACAAACCAAAGCAACAAAAUAUGUACUGCCGAUGCCGGCAUGUUUACACACCACCAUCCUACUCGCUAUCCAAAUCCUAGCUGGACGAAAUCCAAAUUCAAAUGAUUAUUCCACCCAAAUCAGGUAUAAAAAGUAAUCCGCAGCUUCUCCCUCCAUACAGCCGUCCAGUUACAGUUACCGCAUAACAAACCCUGAAAACAGCAGCGAUUUACAAUGACACUACUUAGUUGUUUUAUUUUAAAUCAAAGGUCAUUUUUAUACGCCCGCGUUCUAUGAUUUCUGGCGCGUAGUCAGGUAAAGGUUAAGUUCCAUUGGUUUAUGGACGUCUUGAGUUCCCAUGUUAAUUUUAUUGUAGAAAAAUUAUUAUUAUGGAUUUGAUUAACAAAUAAACACCCAUCGCACCCCGCUAAC